GUUUGCCCUGUUCAUACAGUAUUUGACUCAGUACUUGUCAUUGAACACCGACAGACUCACUCAGCGCAGGAAAGAAAGUCCACGCAAUAAGAUCGACAUUACAAGGGCAUACAACCCUCUGUGGGAAACUGAGUAAAACGUUUCACCAGCACCAAAACACAGAAGCUUUGCUAGAUAGAGAGAGAUACAUAAAGUGAACACAAGUGACUUAAACUGGAUGAAGGCGGUGUAAUGGAGGAAUAAGUGGAGAAGAGUGAAAAGAGAAGAACGAAAGAAUGAAGACAAGUGGAAAGCAAACACGUCUUUUCAACAGUUGUUGGUUAAAUUAAUACAUAACAAUCGGACGACAUGAUUGACAGGAGGCUGCUCCUGUUGGUGUCCCUCUGUUUUGUAGGAGGAGGUUGUGUCACUAAGGUUGUUCAGAGAAGGGGAGUGAGCUCAAUUCAUGCCCAGCAUACAGGAAAUGGAGCAACUGACCAAUGGGAUACAAGUCCGGAGAGGAAUGGCAAUACAAUGACAAGACUCAAAGAACUGAUUGGUCCUGAGGAAGUUGAAGAGCAGAUUACAGCUCACCAGAGCCAUGGAGCUUCUCCUGUCUUCACCAAGGAAAACUUUGUUGGGUUUAAUGCCAAACCUCCAGUACAAAUAAACGAAGACUCAGAUCAAGCAGAUUUAAAGGUACAAGCACCAAUCGAUGACACUAGAGACAUUUUAGAGUUUAAAAGAAGUAGAAAUAACACAAAGAAAGGUGGAAGAGUUGACAAAUGGAUCCCGAUGCACCACAGGACAACUUCUGGCAUGCACUUCAACAGAACCAGAUUCAAAAUCCCUUCAAGAUCCAGAGCAAGUUCAAAUUCUGCUGUUCACACAACAGUGGGUACAAAAGCAGUCACUCCAGAUUCCCCUCGAAAAUUGAACCUGACUGGAAGCUUAUUAAAACUGAUAUCUAAAGAGAACCUUGUACGGAUUGUGAAUUCCCAGCUUCAGAGUGUCCCAGGUCUAAAUAUUCCAGUUAAAAUGAGUCACAGUAGGAAAAGGGAUUUGAUCAACAUGGAUCACAGUCAGGUGGAGGCAUUUAAAAUGAAAAAACAAGACAGGAUAGGCACUCCUGAACUUUAUAACUCGGACAAUCAGACUGCGGAGCUACAUUCAAGUACUUCUACAAAUACCAGUUUAAAUUCAGAUCAGACGGUUCACACUGUCUUUAAACAAUUUAGCGGAUUCAAUAUGGAUCUAGGCGAGGGGGACAGAAAAAUGGAGGUGAGAGGUGCACUGGGCUCUGCUUCAUGGAAGUACAAACACUUCACUACUCACUUAGCAUCAACUCCCCAAAGUGAGAUCAUGCCCGUCACGGAGACGAAUCCCUUGGCUGGUCAGAGCGAUAUGGGCAUAUCACACUCUCCGUCUCAGAUUGGCUCGGGACAUCGGCCUGAUGCUUUCAGCUCACUGACUGAGAGGAGUCUUGACAUUAAAGAGGAAUCAGAUCAGAGUGUUCGUAUGCCAUUCGGUGUCACUCAGAAUCCAUUGAUUCAAAUUUCAGAACCCAUUGACAGCAGUCACAUCCUAAAACUCCCACCAGAUCCACAAUGGGGAGGGAAGGAGGUGGAUAAGAGCGGAGACUCUCGCCCUGGCAGAGAUGGACAAGGCCUUGUUUUCCAGGAAAUGGAUGAGGAUGAAGAUGAGGAGCGGAAUCAACAAAAAGGGGAAAUCUCUCGAUCCAGAAGACGACGAAGCUGGAUCUGGAACCAGUUCUUUGUCAUUGAGGAGUAUGCUGGUCCAGAACCAGUGCUCAUUGGAAGGCUUCACACUGACAUGGACAGAGGUGAUGGACGCACUAAGUACGUGCUGCGGGGUGAGGGGGCGGGGUCAGUGUUUGUGAUUGACGAGAAGACGGGCAACAUCCACGUAACCAAGCCCUUGGAUCGGGAGGAGAAGGACGAAUACCGGCUGAUUGCCACAGCAACAGACAGUCAGACAGAGCGUGCCCUGGAGCCCUCCUCCCAGUUCAUCAUUAGAGUGCAGGAUAUCAACGACAACCCACCUGUCUUCGAGGAAGGACCCUACAGCGCCACAGUACCCGAGAUGGCAAACAUAGGGACCUCCAUCAUCCAGGUGACGGCUUCAGACGCAGACGAUCCCACAUAUGGGAACAGCGCACGGCUGGUGUACACGCUGGUUCAGGGGCAGCCGCACUUCUCCGUGGAUGCUCAGACAGGCAUCCUGCGUACUGCAGUUCCAGAUCUAGAUAGAGAAGUGCAGGAUCAGUAUCUAGUGGUCCUGCUAGCUAAAGACAUGGGUGGCCAUCUUGGCGGUUUGUCAGGAACGACAACAGUUACUGUACGAUUGACGGAUGUCAAUGACAAUCCUCCUCACUUCGUACAAAGUUCCUGGCUAUUCUCUGUGUCAGAGUUGGCGGUGCCAGGGGCAGAGGUGGGUCGGAUCUCAGCAACAGAUGCCGACUUGGGAGACAAUGCCAAGCUAGAGUACACCAUCCUGGACGGAGAGUCAGGGGACACCUUUAACAUCACCGGAGCCAACCAAGAGGCCGUGAUCAUUCUGAACAAGGCAGUGGACUAUGAGAGCCGUAGCUCCUACUCUUUCUCAGUGGAGGUUCUGAACCCCAUCGUGGACCCUCGGUUCCUUCGGCGUGGGCCUUUUAAAGAUCGUGCUUCGAUCAGAGUGGCCGUGCUAGACGCAGAUGAACCCCCUCGUUUCUCACGGACACGUUACAGAAUGGAUGUGUCUGAGAACCGCCCCCCGGCCUGCACAGUGGGACGGGUCAGUGCCGUGGACCCAGAUACGGGGCUCACAAACAACAUCAGGUUCUCCAUCGAUCCUCAGUCUGACCCAGAAGCUCUGUUCCGCAUCACUCCAGACACCGGACUCAUCACUACGGUGACCGAGCUGGACCGUGAGCACGAGCAGUGGCACAAUAUUACCAUCAUUGCCACACAGAGAGAUAACCCCAGCCAGGUGUCUAGGGUGGUGGUUGCCGUAGAAACAUUGGAUUUAAAUGACAAUGCACCCGAGUUGGACAGGCAGUACACCACAGCCAUGUGUGACUCGGCCUCCAAGGGACAGGUGGUGCAGGUGUUGCGGGCGAUUGAUAGAGACGAGGGAGGAAAUGACAGCACCGUCCAUUUCAACAUCCCUCCGGACUCCAACAUUGCCCUCAACUUCAGCAUCAGGGAGAGUGGAGGCCCCACUGCUAGUUUGGUGUUGGCGUCACCUUUGCAGACACUGUCUCGCUCUACUUCAUCCUCCCUCACUCUCUACGUACCGCUGGUCCUGAGGGACGGGGUCUCUGGCUUGACCAGCACGGGGACAGUCACAGUGUCCGUAUGUCCCUGUCUGAGGGGAGCAAUUUCUCUAGCUGUCAGUGCUUUGUCUCUGUCCCUGCGCAGGCAGAAAAGGGACUCGCUCUCGCCUUUAGAGGAGGAUGAUGUAAGAGAGAAUAUCAUCACGUAUGAUGAUGAAGGAGGGGGUGAGGCUGACACAGCUGCGUUUGACAUCACAGCGCUGCAGAGCGCCCCACAUAACGCACGCAGGGGGUACCGCACCCUGGACAGCAGGAACAUACGUUAUUCACAACACGGUCAGGACAAGUCUCGGACGUAUAGCAGCUGGGCUCAGGCUGGAGCGAUGGACCCCGGGCAGUACGCCAGUCAAGGAGCCCCUCUAUAUGGGCGGUUUUGCUACAGCACCCACACCCUCCCAGUGCUGCGUCGCUCACAGGGCCCCUAUGAGCCUGGCAUAUCUGAGUUGGCUUACCGCUUACCUGGGAAUCAACCAGACCAUUCUCUAGUCAUUCAAAACCAGGCAGCUGUGGUUGGACCUCUGGAGCCCGGGGCUAUUUAUGUGCCAACAGCAGAGGCCAGUCAUGGUUCUAAAGAAGGGACAGCAUCUCAGGAUGGAGCCACCACAUCUGAGGGAGGAACGCCAAGGAAGAAUGACUCAAAGGACGAUGCAAGCAGGGAUGCCCAGCAGAGUCAGAGUCAAAGCCAAGAUCUGGAUUGGAAGAAUAAACUCAUCCUUACCUCCCGCUCUAACCCUACUGCUCCUCCCCGUCCCCGACAGGUCCAGCCAGACAUGGCUCCCCGUGAACGAGAGCUGGUGUUGACCCGUUCCGGCUCAGUAGCUGGGCCAGGCCCCACCGGCAGUUGGGUGUGUGACUCCGCCACACUGCCCCGAGCUGGGCGGCACUCCUUGCGGAGCAGUCUUUCCCUAAGUAGGAGCGGCGCUGGACCUGCCGAGUCCAACCAUCCUGGGGUGGCAGACGCUCCCAACGGAAGCACAGAAAUGCAGUCGGUCAGCAGCAAUUACGCCACCAUCCUGCAGGGGGAGCAGCAGAGGGACUACUCGGGGACUCUGGGACGGGGCGGGCUGGAGAUGGGCAGCGGAUUUGUGGUGGGAAGGCCCGAGAGAGAGGCCAGCAUUCCACUGAGUGCUGGGAUAUAUCCGGAAGGUGGCGGGUUCAUGGGAGACUGGCACGAACCGGUGGGGAUAACCGGGUACCCGCUGGGCAGGAGGGAUAUGACGCCCCAGCUGCUUCCAUACCCCGGCCAGGGCCGGGGAGCUUUUGGGGGCAUCCUGGGUUAUGGUGGAGCAUGGCCCUCAGCACCUGAGGAGUCCGGAAGAGGGGCGCCCAUUGGAGGUGCUCACUCUCUCGCCCUAAGGGUUGGCGAGUUCCUGCGUCUGCGCCUUGCGCAGGUGACCUUCGACCCCUCGCAGCCGCCGUACGACUCUGUGCAGGUGUACGGGCUGGAAGGCACAGGCUCACGCGCCGGGUCCCUCAGCUCCCUGGACAGUGAGGGAGGCAAAGACGCCGAGAAGGAGGUGUGGGGAUCAGGUCUGGAGGAUUGGGGCCCACAAUUCCAGAAAUUAGCCCAGCUUUUUAGGGAAAGGGAGAAGGAGAACGGAGAAGAUGAUGGAGAUGUAGAAGCCAGCAAAAAGCACAAAGAUAUCGAAUGGGAAGAGAAGGGUGAGCAGUCUGGAGACGAGGAGCAGGCGAAUGUCUGAGAGAGCGAGAAGGAGAGGGGUUGGGUGGGACAGUGAUUAAAAGGCAACAAGAGCUGGAAUAAUGAAAAGUGAAGGGUAAGGAGGGAGAGACGAAGAGGAAAGGUAAUAAGGGAAGACAGGGAAAAAUGAACAGAGAGAGCAAAGGCAGUGGAGAGAGUGAUUGAUGCAAUUUGAAGCAAUAAGUGCUGAAAAGCUGAUGUGUGAGCACAGAGCGGUGCUUCUUUAGCCAGCAUUUAACAUUCCUUAAGUGUGUUUGGCAGUAAGCGAAAAGCAAAGUUCACUGUAUUCCAGAUCACAUUUAAUUACGAUAGAGAAAGAAUAAGAUUUCAACUCUGAUUUUUGUGGCAGCGUGAAAGACAAUGGCACCACGGGGGAAUGAGAAACACAAGGCCGGAAUAACACAGAUGAAAAGGUAUGGCAACACACGAGGGAAUAGAAAAAUUAAUAUUUGUACAGAAAUUGUUUAUACAUCCACAAAAGCAAGAGAUCUGAAUUAUUCAUAAGAAAGCACUGAAUAUUACAGUAAAGUCCUGAAUAAGUGUCUGCACAAAGAUUCUCGGUGUUUACACAUACACACAGAUGAAAACAAACACGCAUCAAUUUUAAACCCUGCUUGGAAAUUCUGUUUUGCGGAUGUCUCAUUGUCAGGGUUCAAAAUGACACAUUUUUGCCAAGAACAGAUUGUAUACGAAGUUGCUCAAGAAAAAAAAAAAGAUGACAAAAUUAAAAUGUAGUGAUGCUAAAAUUGUGCAAAACAUAUGCACAAACAACCAUUACUUGUCAAAAAAAAUAAAUCCCACAUUUAAAAAGUGAAGAUUUAUGAGAGCUGACAGGUCUGCUUCAGCUAGAAUGCACUUUUAUACAUGAUGUUCGCAAAUAAAUUACAAAUGUUGUUGUUGUUGUUUUUUUUUA